AUGCCUGACAAGCCAACCACCGUCGCCGCCUAUGCGGCUGGCGCAUCUUUGGCAGCCAUCGCCGCCUUCUAUGUCUUCGGUCCUACCUUUUUCAUCGAUGGCGAAAAUUCCUACAAUACCAACGAUGGACGGAAACGCACCAUCAUCGGACUAUCGAACCCGGCCAAUGAUUGCUUCAUCAACUCGGUUCUCCAAGCCCUGGCAGGUCUGGGUGACCUGAGGUUAUACCUAAUAAAAGAGCUGCAUCGGAGGCAACUUGAGGGACUGGAGAUCUACGAAGCCGCCCCGACGGUGUUACGAAAGGGCGAAAGACCUGAAAAAAUAGUCAAUUUACAAAAGGGCCCGGUGACUAAAGCAUUGAAAGACAUGCUCGAUGCGCUAAACGAGCGGCCCAUAUACAAGAAGACGAUCAGUGCAAGACCCAUGAUAGAAGCGCUAGAACGGGCAUUUCAGACACGGAUAAGCCGGAACCAACAGGAUGCUCAAGAGUUCUUGCAGAUAGUCCUCGAACGUCUUUGUGACGAAUACCAUGCAGCUGAACGAGCUCGGCAGAGAGCAGACCAGAAGCUGGUUGAGAAUGGACAGCCAAAGGAGCCGGGACAGAAUCCCACCAAAGAAACCUCGAUCUCAACCAGGGCGACUGUCGGAACCAAUGGGGGAUUUCCAUUCGAAGGACGGAUAGAGUCACAAAUAACGUGCUUACGUUGUGGCUACAAGACCAAGCCCAGUGCGACAACUUUUGUCUCAUUGACUUUGAACGUCCCGCAGAAGAGCUCAACGUCGCUGGAUAGCUGUUUUGACAUCCUGUUGAAAAGUGAAGAGAUCGACGAUUUCAAGUGCGACAAAUGCCGGCUAAACCAUGCAGUGGAAUGGAAGAAUAGCAAAUUAAAAUCUGCAAGCUCCGAGGGUGACCGAGAGGCACUGCAAAGGGACAUCGACCUGAUCGAAGAAGCACUCCGCGAGGAUCCAGAAAAGGUGCUAGAGGGGGUCGCCCUGCCAGAUUCCAAACAGGCGCCAAAGUCGAAAAUCCGAAAGUCCACCCGAAUCACUGUUUUUCCCAAAGUGAUUGCUAUUCACCUGUCAAGAUCAAUGUAUGACCCUGGAAGCUACUCGACCAAGAACCUAGCCAAAGUUUCAUAUACCCAGAGACUUCGAUUGGGAGGCCUUUUGAACGAACACUGGUACAAACUCCUCGGGGUUGUAUGCCACAAAGGAAGUCAUAACAGUGGUCAUUACGAGUCAUUUCGACGCAAUCACCUAUACCCGCCAUUUGCAACACCCGAUGCUUUCGCAGCGUAUGCCCUCGCGAGUCGGAAUGGCAGCACAGCACCAUCAGCCUUACCGAGUCCCAAUGUGGAAGCGAUGCAAGCUAACGGGGUCAGUCAUGGCCCUUCUGACGGAAGUAGCGUCUCUGUUUCGACUGCUUCGUUGUCCACAGGCAAUAGCAGACCUGAGUCGCAGGGAGUACCUACUUCUACAGCGACACCUAUAACCGAGACGGCAGAGACGGAGCCAGUGAUGCCACCCGUUCAGCGAUCAGAAACGCAGACAUCUAAACCUCAGAUCAGGACCCAUGAAUCCGCAGUUGGGAGUAAGUUUCGCCGACGCAAGAAAUCCAAUGAUCGAUGGUGGCGCAUCUCGGAUGAGAAGAUCAAAGAGACGCGCACUGCGGAUGUUCUUUCGAUGCAGCGAGAAGUAUAUCUACUUUUCUAUGAGCUGGAGCGACCAGGCGAUGAUGCUGUCGCAUAA